AUGAGAUUCUAUAAACCAACGCAUAAAAAUCCCAUAAAUGCCACAUUGGUCAUUUCGUAUAAAUACUAGACUAUCCGGCUCAACUUUUUCACAUUCAGUUCUGUCACCAUGAGAGCCAUCAUUGUGAUAUCAGCCUUUGUGGCUUUAACCCUCGCCCAAACCCCUCGCCAGAUUGACAUCAACGACGGGCGCUACUACCCGGACAACUCCGGGGCUUACAACGGCGGGGAUGAUGGUUCCUACCACCCGGACGACAGCGGAGCCUACAGACCGGACGACUCCGGGGCUUACCGCGGCGGCUACGAAAAAUACGUCCACCAAGCCGACAAAUUCGGAGGCAGUGGGGGCAGUGGAGGCAGCGGGGGCGGCUUUGUUGGCGGUGCUAGACGUGUGGGCACUUUCGUAGUUUCGGCACAACCCCCCAGAACCGGAGCUGUCAUCACCGGGGUGAGAACCGCCCCCGCUGGCGGUGCUAUCAUCACCGGGGUGAGAACCGCCCCCGCUGGCGGUGCUAUCAUCACCGGAACGAGAACCGGAGUGUCCGGAGGUGCAGUAGUCACCGGAGCCAGAUCCGGAGGGUAUGUUGCCACCCCUGUGCAAGGCUCCGGCGCCGGGUACUACGAUAACCGGAAUUAUGCCAUCAUCCGGAAAGAAGAACAAGUCGAACCUGAUGGUUAUCACUAUGUGUAUGAAACUGAGAAUAAGAUUUUGGGCGAGGAACAAGGCAGGUUAGCCAAUGUGGGCUCGCAAAAUGAAGCCAUGCAAGCCAGUGGUUAUUUUGAGUACACUGGACCCGAUAAUGUGGUUUAUCGUGUCGAUUAUACGGCCAAUGAAAAUGGGUUUGUGCCCAGUGCAGCCCAUUUGCCCACCCCUCCACCAAUCCCGGAAGCUAUUCUGCGAUCACUUGACUACCAACGCUCCAUUGGAGAGUUGUAAUUUUUUGGAUAAUACUUAUACUGUGUAUAUAACGUUAGGAUUAAUAAAGAUUUUGUUGAAGAAUUAAGAAA